AUUUCUGCACCACUCAUCAAAACUCUGCGGCAUGCAGACUAGAGCUUGGGGGGAGGGCACUUAUUAUUAGGUCUGUCCUGCUGCUCUCUCAUCAGACAGGCCACUGUACAGUUUUUUUACUUUCAUUUCUAACCAUCUGUUUUGCACUGGGCGUUCGGGUCCAUCACUUCUUUGUUUUAUAUAUAUAUAUAUAUAUAUAUAUAUAUAUUCCUUAUUUGUCUUACCGGGCAGUUGUUGCAACCUUUCCUGUAGAACAAUUUCAGCGCAACUUCUAGAGGCGAGGGAAAAACACAAAUAAAUUUAGGACAAGAUGGCAAAGGAUGGAGAAAAAAGCGAAUGGAAAGAGUUUCUGUGGAACCCGAGGACCAGGGAGUUUCUGGGCAGAACGGCGAGCAGCUGGGGUCUCAUCAUUCUGUUCUACAUAGUUUUCUACCUCUGCCUGGGGGGCCUGUUUGCUCUUACCAUGUACAUCAUGCUGCAGACCCUGGAUGACCACAAACCCACUUGGCAGGACCGCCUUUCCACACCAGGUUUAGUGAUUAGACCCCGUCAGGACGAAACCUUCGAGAUAGUUUACACCAUCCAGAACACCGAGAGCUGGGACAUGUACGCUCAGGCCCUGGACAGGUUCCUGUCACCUUACAACGACUCCAUCCAGGCCCAGAAGAACCACGAGUGCACUCCGGAACAGUACUUCCUGCAGGAGGACAGCGGCGAUGUGAAGAACAACCCCAAGCGCUCCUGUCAGUUCAACCGAACCAUUCUGGAAGCAUGCUCUGGACUCCACGACCGUUACUAUGGAUACCAGGAGGGCAAGCCGUGCAUCAUCAUCAAGCUGAAUCGGGUGAUUGGAUUGAUGCCAGGAAAGGACGGACAGGCUCCGUCUGUCACCUGUGGCGCAAAGAAAUACAGAGUUGGCAAAGAUGAAUGGAGAGAUGACUCUGACAAAAUCGGAGAGAUGAUUUACUUCCCUUCAAACGGCACUUUUGAUCUAAUGUACUACCCUUACUAUGGCAAGAAAGCUCAGGUGAACUACUCCCAGCCUUUGGUCGCUGUCAAGUUCCUUAACAUCACUGUCAAUCAAGACGUCAACAUCGAGUGCAAGAUCCACGCCAACAACAUUCCCACUGGAAAUGAAAGAGACAAGUUUGCUGGUAGAGUGUCAUUCAAGCUGAGGAUCAACUCUCAAAACUAGCCUGGCCCCAAAUGAAAACUUUUCUCCCCCUGACACCCUUCCCCCCAUCCCCCCCACAUCUUCUGCACCACUGCACAUACACUGAAAAAUAAACCUGCAGUAUUCACAUCCUUCACGUGGUUCGAUUGCACCCUGCUCCAGUUUUCUUCUUCUUCUUCUUCUUUUUUUUUUUUUUUUUUUUUUUUUGGGGGAAAGGGGAUUGUGCGACAGGGUAAAUUGAGCACGAGAGGG